AUGGAAUUGUUGCAGGGCGGAGACACUCAUUCGUUGCAGCCGCCGCUGCCGCCGGGCGCCGUGGCGCUGCCGGGCGGGGUGCUGCUGGGGGCGGUGCCGGCGGGCGCGCUGCCCCCGGGCGCUCUGCCCCCGGGCGCUCUGUCGCUGGGCGCGCCGGGCGCCAUGGGGCCGCCGUCGCUGCCGCCCGCGCUGUCCGGUGAGUCCCCGGCGCGGUGGCGGCGGCCGGGCCCUCGCCCCGCCGCCGCCACGCCGCACUCAACAGGUCGCUCGCUCGCUGUUGCAGGCGCCGCUCGCCGCUGCAGCCCGCGCCCGCCGCCCCGCGUCGCUCGCCGCGAUCCCGCUCCGCCGGUCUCACAAUGUGGAUUCCACGCCGCGCCCAUCUACGACUUGCAGCAGGUCGGCGAUGUGUUCACAGGUCCCGGCGCGAAAUGCUCGACGCUCCCGGCGAUCCUGGGCGGGUCGCUACCGCGCCUGUCCUCGGAGCAGUCGGACGCCGUGACCCGCGCCAAGAAGUACGCCAUGGAGCAAAGUAUCAAGAUGGUGCUGAUGAAACAGACGUUGGCGCAUCAGCAGCAGCAGAUGGCCUCGCAGCGCACGCAGGUGCAGCGGCAGCAGGCGUUGGCGCUCAUGUGCAGGGUAUACGUGGGCUCCAUAUCGUUCGAGUUGAAAGAAGACACCAUUAGACAGGCGUUCCUACCUUUCGGUCCGAUAAAGUCAAUAAACAUGUCGUGGGAUCCGGUCACGCAGAAGCACAAAGGUUUCGCGUUCGUCGAGUACGAGAUACCGGAGGCGGCACAACUCAGUCUCGAGCAAAUGAACGGCGUUAUGCUCGGAGGCAGGAACAUAAAAGUAGUGGGGCGGCCGUCGAACAUGCCGCAGGCGCAGGCGGUUAUCGACGAGAUCCAGGAGGAGGCCAAACAGUACAACCGCAUCUACGUCGCCUCCAUCCACCCCGAGCUCACCGAGGACGACAUCAAAAACGUGUUCGAGGCGUUCGGUCCGAUCACGUACUGCAAGCUGGCGUACGGCGCGUCGGCGCACAAGCACAAGGGCUACGGGUUCAUCGAGUACGCCACGCUGGCGGCCGCGCUCGAGGCCAUCGCGUCCAUGAACCUGUUCGACCUCGGCGGCCAGUACCUGCGCGUCGGCCGCGCCAUCACGCCGCCCAACGCGCUGGCGGGCCCCCCCCAGCCCUCCGCCAUGCCCACCGCGGCCGCCGUGGCCGCCGCCGCCGCCACGGCCAAGAUACAGGCCAUGGACGCCGUGGCCAGCAACGCGGUGGCGCUCGGCCUGACCAAGCUCAGCGCGCUCGGCGUCUCGCCCGGCGCCGCGCUGCCCUCGCUGGCCGCCGCGCUACCGGCCGGCCUGCCCGCGGGCCUGCCGACCGGCCUGCCCGCCAUGCCCGCCGGCCUGCCCGCCCUGCCCGCCGGCCUGCCCGCCCUGCCCGCCGGCCUGCCCGCGAUGCCGGCGCUGCCCGGCGCGCUGGCCCCGGCCGCCCCGCUGGUGGCGCCGGCGCCUCCGCCCGCGCUGCUGCCCCCGGGGGUGGUGAUCCCGGUGAGCUCUGCGGCGGCGGCGGCGGAGGCGGCGGGCGGCGCGGAGCAGGCGGCGCUGCAGCGCAAGCUGCUGGACGCGUCGCCCGACACGCUGCAGCAGCAGGAGUCGCUGUCCAUCUCGGGGCAGUCGGCGCGCCACCUCGUCAUGCAGCGGCUCAUGCGGCGCCGCGCCACGCGGACGGUGCUGCUCGCCAACAUGGUGGCGCCCGACGAGGUGGACGAGGCGCUGCACCACGAGAUACAGGAGGAGUGCGCCAAGUGGGGCCGCGUCGAGCGCCUCGUCAUCUACAACGAGCGGCAGAACGAGGACGACGACCCCGCGCACGCGCUCGUCAAGAUCUUCGUGCAGUUCGCCGAGCCCGAGGAGGCGGCGGGGGCGGCGAGCGCGCUGAACGGCCGCUACUUCGGGGGCCGCACCGUGCGCGCGGCGCUGUACGACCAGGACCUGUUCGACCACGGCGACCUGUCGGGGUAG